UUCCGGAGGGCCAGGAUGUCCUCCCCAGCCCUGAAGGCAGGUGCUUCUGGAAAGGUGACAGACUUCAACAAUGGCACUUACCUUAUCAGUUUCACCCUCUUCCGGGAGGGCUGGGUCUCUCUGUCUGUCCUACUCAUCCACCCCGGUGAAGGGGUGUUGGCUCUCUGGAGGGCAAGGAACCAAGGCUAUGACAGGGUGAUGUUCACAGGCCAAUUUGCCAGUGGCAUCUCCCAUGUUGACACUGACUGGGCCCUGGUUUUAAACUCUAGCACUGAGCUCUGUGAGUACGUGGGUGCUCAAGACCAAGAAUCCUUCUAUGGCGUGAGACCUCAGUACAUGCCCUGUGCUGCACUCACUCACAUGCAUUCCAAAAACACGGAGGUUUCUUUUCUUAGCAGACAAGAAGGGAGCCUCUUCAAAUGGGCAAAUGUGGGUGUAGAGAUUAUGGAAAACAAUAACAAUGCCAUGAAUGUCUCCAAAUGCAACAAGGAAGCCAAACAAAUAUUUAAAUUUUAUCCAGAGGAUUCUUUUUGGGGGGAGACAUGGAUUCCAGUCUCCUGUAGUUUGACUCCAAUCAAAAUAAAAGAAUGCCUAAGAGGAAAAUUCAUAUAUCUAAUGGCCAAUUCCACAAUCCUCCAGUGGAUGGAAUAUUUCAAAAACAGUAUCGACACACUGAAGUCCAUGGAUCUGCAUGAAUCUGGAAGACUUCAACACCAACUUGCUGUGGACUUGGACAAGAAUAUCAACAUCCAGUGGCAAAAACAUGGCUACCCUCUGAUUGGACCAUUGACCUAUUCAGUGAAAGAAAUUGAAUAUAUAGCUCGAGUCAUUGACAGAACUGGAGGAGGAAAGAGCACGGUCAUUGCUAUUUCUCUGGGCCAGCAUUUCAGACCCUUCCCCAUUGAUGUUUUUAUCCAAAGGACCCUCAGUAUCCACAAGGCUGUUCAAUGUCUUCUUCUAUGAAGCCCAGACACUGUGGUUAUUAUCAAGGCAGAAAACAUCAGAGAGAUGCACGGUGAUGUGGAAAGAUUCAGUGACUUUCAUGGUUAUGUCCAGUAUCUUGCCAUUAAGGAUAUCUUUCAAGAUCUCAAUGUGGGUAUCAUUGAUGCUUGGAAUACAACAAUUGCACGUGGCACAAAUAAUGUCCACCUGCCGCAAUCUGUAGUGAUAAAUCAAGUUAGUAUAUUGUUAAACUCUAUUUGCCAGAUGACCCCUCUGAAAUCCAUUCACUUAAUUAAAAACAUUUAUAAAGUGUUUGCUAUUGUGCCCGUUCCUGUGUUUGGCUCUGAACUACCAAUUAGCAUGAGAUAGUCUGCACUAUGGCUAAUCCA